UCUGGCAUUAGGGCGAGGUCUUACGUCAUUAAGAAGCGCCGUAAUGUCCUGCGGUGAGGCGGCUGUAGGCCCCGUCACGUGAUGGCAGUGGGCGGCUCUGUAAACUCGUGCCGUUAGCUGUGCCGGCGGGUUGUUAUGACGCAGCAGGGGUUGGUUGAGGGAAGAGGGGGCGCCUGACAACCACAAUGACCAUCUGCCACUUCUUCCUGCAGGGCCGCUGCCGCUUCGGCGAGAGGUGCUGGAACGAACAUCCCCGCGGCGGGGGCCGCUCGGGCCCGGCCGCGCCGCCCUCCCAGGGUACUGGCAGAGGAGGGUGGGGUGCCCAUAACCAGAGAUACACCAAUGUUGUCCAAUCUUCUAACUUUUCUAAACCCACUACAUGGGGUGGCAGCAGAGAUGAUGGAAAGGCAUUUUUUGGAUCCUCUAGUGACUAUGGCGCACCAGGCAGUGGCAAUAAAAGUUCAGGAUUUUCUCAAAACAGAUUCUCUGCAUUAAGCUCUGAGCAAAAUAUUGGCAGUAGCUACAAAGAUGAAGAGGAGAAGCUUCUUGAAGGCAUAAUAAAGGACAUGGAAAUGUGGGAAUCUUCAGGACAGUGGAUGUUUUCCUGUUACUCACCUAUGAAAGAAAAGCCUAACGUCUCAGGUUUUCCAGACUUCUCACCAGAAGAGUUGCAUCUUGAAUACUAUAACUGCAGAACAAACAAUAAUAUUCAGAACUAUAUAAAUUCAGUCCAGCAAUUAGUAAACCGAUGGAGAAAUAGAUUGCUUGAGCUGAAGACUCUAAAUACAUCUACCAAAGCAGCAUUGGUAUCUGAACUGAAAAAUGUGGUUAAUCAACCAUUGCCUGCCUUUGGAUUUGGUGGACAACAAACAUCAACCUUUGGAUCAUCAAGCUUUCCACUCAGCAGCAGCAAUAGGAGUGCCAGCAAUUCCUCCUUUAAAUCAAAUACUGAACUUGUCAGUGCAUCCUCUGCAAGCACCACUGCAUUUGGAAGCUCUUCUAUGGUUCCAGACCCUUCAGCUUUGGGUGUGACAUCUUCCUCAAGAUCAGCCCCUUCCAUUGCCUUUGGCAGUCAACCAGCUUCAUCUGCAGCCUCUUUUUCAUUUAAAAAGCCUGAAACUGUGGGUGGUUUUGGAGCCUCUGGAUUUUCAGGGUUUGGCAGUUCCUCUGCUCUAAACUUGUCAAGCACAACCUCACUUCCAGCCUUUGGAGCUGCUAAUGCAGCAGUUGCUGCCCCUGCCUCAGAAUCAGGUAACUCUUUAUUUGGACAGUCUGUUAGUGCCUUUGGAUAUAAUGUAGCACCAGCACCUCCUGCAGCCACAAGCAUUGUUACCUCAGAUAAGUUAUUCACACCAAAGACUGAUCUGUCACCUGAAGAGUUGAAGCAGUUUGAAGCAAAGAAGUUUACACUAGGAAAGAUUCCUAUAAAGCCACCACCAAUAGAGCUUUUAAAUGUUUGAAACUAUAACAUGUACAGUAAGCAAAUUCUGAAAUUAAACUUUCACAGAAUGUUUUUAAUUUUCUGUAAGUAGGCAACUUGACACUUUAACAAUUCAAAUAUAUAUUUUUGAGGUUUGGCACUAAACUGUAUAGCUUCUUGUGAGUUAAAUUUUAAUUUCCUUUCUAAGGCUGCUCCAGGAAGGUAGGAUCCCAAUUGUAAAUAUUCAAAUAUUCUUUGUUUGCUUUGGAAGAGUCUUUAAAACCAAGAAGUUUACAAUUGAAAAUAAAGUUUUUAUAGUGAAUUAACAAAAA